AUGGAUCCGAACGGUGACAAAGUCGACGGCAAGGCCCUUCCCUGGACCGAAGAAGCCAAAUUCCAGUUCCUCAUCCGCAUUGUCGCUCAGCUUCGUGAGAACGGACGGUCCAUCAACUGGCAGAAGAUUGACAUGCCAGGCCGCACUGUCAAGUCUAUGCAGAAUAUGUGGACGAAGAUUAAUAAGAUGAUUGCGGAGGUCGAGGCGGAGAGCGGCGAUGCGCCAAUUACAAGGCCUACUCCUCGCAAGAGGACCCCGAAGAGAAGCAAAGGUACUGCAGCCUCAGACGAUGAGGACGAGCUUUCGACCCCGGCCAAGUCUCCUCAGAAGGCGGUGCCCCAGAAACGCGCCUGCACUUCUAGGGGCGGUAGUGCCAAGAAGCUCAAGAAAGGAGCCGAAGACAUGGACGGCGAAGAAGACAUGGUGUUGAAGCCUGAGCCCGAAGUGGACCUAUGA